CGAAGAAGCAGCGAUUUGUGUACGUGUGUUUUGUCUUUGCGACGUGGUGAUUACCUGAUUACCGAUACCGAUCCCAAGCCGAUCCGAUCCGAUCCCCGCCAGAAUCCAGCACUUCCAUGCAGAUGCGCGUCGCCGAGUUGCCGGCAGUUGAGCUGCUGCUGCUGCCCGUCCUCCUGAUUGGCCUGGCAAGUGGUCAGCGCGUCGCUCCCGGCGUGAAUCCGCAGCACUAUCAGCAAGCGCCCCAGCAGGUGCCACAUCACCCUCCGCCGCCGCAGCAGCUCCACCAGCCGGUGUACCAGCAACAGGUUCCCUCGGCGCCCGGAGUGCCUCCCCAGCAAUAUCAAUAUGAGCAGGUGCCCGUGCAGCAGCAGCAGCAGGUUCCAGUCCAGUAUCAGCAAGUUCCUGUGCAGCAGCAACAGCAGCAGCAGCAGAUCCAUCAGCAACCUCCGCCGCAGCAAGUGCAUCAACAGCAGCCCCAGCAGGGACAUCACCAGCAGCCCCAGCAGGGACAUCACCAGCAGGCGGGAGGCCACCACCAUGGCCAGCCUCAGCAGGUCCUGAACACUGGCAACAUUCAGCAGGAGCGAGCUCAUAUCCAGGAGCACAUGCAGGUGCCCAUCGAUACGAGCAAGAUGUCCGAGGCUGAGCUGCAGUUCCACUACUUCAAGAUGCACGACUCGGACAACAACAACAAGCUGGACGGCUGUGAGCUGAUCAAGUCGCUGAUCCACUGGCACGAGCAAGGCAGCAAGGAGCAGCCGAACGGCGAGAAGCCGCACGUGGAGGAGAAGGUCUUCUCCGACGAGGAGUUGGUGGCCCUCAUCGAUCCCAUCCUGCAGAUGGACGACACCUCGCGCGACGGCUACAUUGACUAUCCGGAGUUCAUAAAGGCGCAGCAAAAGGCCGCCGAGAAGCAGCAACAGCAACAGCAGCAAGACCCACAGCAGCAGCAGCAGCAGCAGCAGCCGGUUCAUUAGUAGUCACCCAGAUCCGUUCAGUUUGCUUACAUACCCAUGUCCUCGUCCCGUGCUCUGUGACGUGCUACACAUACUCCUGUUUUCUGCCCAAAAAACAUCUUGAAAUUACGUCGACCACGUCAACGGUUUUAGCGCACUUCUAUAGAUAAUUUCGAAUCAAAUUUACUUAACAUGCUCCAAGCAUUCCCAUCGGAGAACUACUUUGAACAAACUUAUUGUCCUUCUGAGAACUUUUUCAAAAGAUUCCCAUUUUCGAAUAAUGAUCACGAAUCUCUCAAGGGGUUUGUGCAAUUCCAGCCGCCUUGUUUCGUUUUGUUUUCCAUUGUCAUAUUUUUAGUUACUUUUCGAUAUGAACUAAUUUUUAAGCGCAUCUCUAGAGCAGCAAAAUACAGACUGAUUGUGUAAAAGUUUGUUUUGUACAAAAAAAAAGAAGCGAAACUAUGCAACAAAAAAGCGAAGAAUACCCCGUCUAUGUGGAAAUCUUUUUAACUGAAACCUAAUAUAUAGACGCAUGCAACUCUUUGUAAGUAAAGCCGAUUUAGCGAAUAAAGUCAAAUCCAAAUCACA